AGAGGCUGUUAUUGAGAGCUUGUCAAGGAAGUGCGGUGACAUUUCUUUCAGGAACCUGGGAGUGUUGGGUCUGAUCUGAGCUGAUACUACCCCGAGAGAAACGUUUUAUCCAGGUUCCAGGGCUACUGCCAUCAUGUCCAGAGACACAAAGACAACAAUGGGCGAGGAGAUUAUGGAGUCCAAGGUAAUGUGGUACCCAGACUCCAAGAAGAAUACCCAGAUGGACAAAUUCAGGUCAGAGGUGAACAGAGAUUUUGGAUUGCAACUGGCGAACUACAGUGAGCUGUACCAGUGGUCUGUGGAGAACUACCCUGAGUUCUGGGCGGAGGUGUGGCGGUUCUGUGGCAUUGUGUGCUCCCGCAUGUAUGAGGAGGUGGUUGACCGGACAAAGAGAAUCUCUGACGUUCCUGAAUGGUUCAGAGGCAGCCAGCUAAACUACGCCGAGAAUCUUCUGAAGCACAAGGAUCAGGACAAAAUAGCUCUGUAUGCAGCAAGGGAAGCGAAGGAGGAGAUCACCAAGGUGACGUUCAGGGAGCUGAGGCGGGACGUCGCGCUCUACGCUGCUGCCAUGAGGAAAAUGGGGGUGAAGACGGGGGACAGAGUGGUCGGUUAUCUACCCAACAGCAUUGAGGCUGUGGAGGCCAUGCUGGCAGCUGCGAGUAUCGGAGCCAUCUGGAGCUCCACUUCACCCGACUUCGGGGUCAAUGGAGUCCUGGAUCGGUUCUCCCAGAUCCAGCCCAAACUCAUCUUCUCCGUCUCUUCGGUUGUGUACAACGGCAAGGAACACGACCACAUGGAGAAACUCCAGAGCGUAGUCAAAGGGUUACCUGACCUGAAGAAGGUGGUAUUGAUCCCGUAUGUCCGUUCAAGAGACUCUACAGAUCUGUCCAGAAUCCCGAACAGUGUGUUCCUGGAAGACUUCUUGGCGAUGGGAAAAGAAGGAGACCAGGAUCCACAGCUGGAGUUCGAACAGCUGCCCUUCAGUCACCCUCUCUUCAUCAUGUACUCCUCAGGAACCACCGGGGCACCUAAAUGCAUGGUCCAUUCUGCAGGGGGCACCCUCAUUCAGCAUCUGAAGGAACACAUUCUCCAUGGCAACAUGAGCAGCAGUGAUGUCAUCAUUUACUACACCACUACGGGCUGGAUGAUGUGGAACUGGUUGAUGUCUUCUCUUGCCACCGGCUCCUCGGUGGUGUUGUACGAUGGCUCUCCGCUAGUGCCGACUCCCAACGUGCUGUGGGACUUGAUCGACAGACUAGGAAUAACUAUUUUUGGGACCGGGGCUAAGUGGUUGUCUGUACUGGAGGAAAGGAACCUGAAACCAGCUGAAACCCAUAACCUGCACACACUCCACACCAUCCUGUCCACUGGCUCUCCCCUCAAACCUCAGAGCUACGAAUACGUCUACAAAGACAUCAAGAGUAACAUCCUGCUGGGGUCCAUCUCAGGUGGAACAGAUAUUGUUUCCUGUUUCAUGGGGCAGAACUUUACAAUUCCCGUGCACAAAGGAGAAAUCCAAGCCAGGAAUCUGGGAAUGGCGGUGGAAGCCUGGGACGAUGAAGGGAAGCCCGUGUGGGGAGAAAGUGGAGAGCUGGUAUGUCAGAAGCCCAUUCCUUGCCAGCCAACCCACUUUUGGAAUGACGAGAAUGGAAGCAAGUACCACAAAGCCUACUUCUCCACCUUCCCAGGUGUUUGGGCCCAUGGGGACUACUGCAAAAUCAACCCUCAGACAGGAGGCCUUGUGAUGCUGGGGAGAAGUGAUGGUACUCUGAACCCCAAUGGUGUAAGAUUUGGGAGCUCUGAAAUCUACAACAUUGUGGAAGCUUUCGAGGAAGUGUCCGACAGUCUCUGUGUCCCCCAGUACAACAAAGACGGGGAGGAGAGAGUGAUCCUCUUUCUAAAGAUGGCACCCAAGCAAAUCUUCGGGCCGGAGCUGGUGAAGAAGAUUCGAGACGCCAUCCGGGUGGCACUGUCGGCACGUCACAUCCCCGCACUCAUCCUGGAGACCAAAGACAUUCCGUACACGAUAAGUGGGAAGAAGGUGGAAGUCGCAGUCAAGCAAAUCAUCGCUGGAAAAGAAGUUACCCAGCGUGGUGCAUUUUCCAACCCCGGCUCACUGGACCUGUACAAGAAUCUCCCAGAGCUGCAGAACUUCUAAAGACAGCCGCCUGGAACAGAAUAUAAGAGAUGAAGGGGGGUCGCUCGGGGGGGAGGGGGGAGGGGGGGUGAAGCAGAGUCUCAUUUCAGCGACCGUGGCAUCGCUUGUGUCCUGUAGUGAGGAAUCACUAAAGAUACCUUUCUGUGAAGGUAGACGUGGUUUUGUCUGAUACCAUGGUAAUAAGUCACGACGCAUACUGGACUGCUUUUCACAGGGUUCCAUUUUACCAAAAUGUUUUGAACAGCUCAGCUGUCGAUGUGUUUGGUUCUUUUCCACCCGAGCCCCAGUCGAAAGCAGACCUGUGCACCACAUGUAAUUCUACUCUCUACUCGCCCUGGGAGCCGUGUCUGUUCCUGCAGGUAGAGAGAUUCGAAGCAAAGGCCAUUCGUGCAGCUAAGCCACUGUUUGAAUUUGACGGGGGCAGUUUGAGGGUUUGUUUGAGAAAAGCGUCCAUGACUUCAGAUCCUCCUGUGUGGACGCUAGGUGAGGCACACAAAGCCACAGUGGGGGUACAUCUCAGCAGGGCUGUUUUUGCCUUUUCACAUAUGGGUAGUUUCUAAACUAACCCAACUGAGUUCACUUGGAAACAAACUCUGGAGGAAAAGAACUUGGUUCCAAAACAAAAAAAACCCUGAAAACGAUUAAAGACUCAACCUGGUCUUUGACUACCCCAUGUCUGCUUCAGAACGCACGUGUAUUUAUAUAUAUAUAUAUAUAUAUAUAUAUAUAUAUAUAUAUAUAUAUAUAUAUAUAUAUAUAUAUAUAUAUAUAUAUAUACACAGUAUAUAUACACAGUACAUUUACUGUAUAUAUAUAUAUAUAUAUAUAUUGGUAACUUUUGUCUGGAAAAGGGAGAUACGAUGCUAUAGCUAUAAUAAAGGCAUUCAUUUUGUUGUCCUUUUAACAUACCAAGAAACUGUAUUUGUACACUGAUUAUUUUGCCCAGGUUGCACAGCAAAGUUUUGUGUCCAUUCCCAGACCGUCAGAGAAGCCAUUGUGUUGUACAGUUUAGUGAAUGUUAAGUGUUAAAAUUGCAAUCUUAUGUGCUCAUGUUGGUUGUGUGACUUUAAGCUGUGAUAAGUGUAUUAGUCAUCAUUUCUUUCUUUUUAUUUUUUUAAAUCUUUAAUAAAUUGGUUCUUUUUAAUGCAAAGGUGAUGGGUUAUGAACACUAAGUAACUGCCUGUACUUUUAGCAAGCCAAUAGAUUCCUAAUUUGAGUAUGCCGUUGCAUUACGCUACAAUUGAAAAAGCAGAAAUAGCUGUGUUGGCCUCCUCCUGAGCUUAGUACUGCCCUGCUUGUAAAUCCUGUAUUUAUUAGUACAUGUAAAUCAGAAAAUAGUCAGAAGUGCUUAGUUCCUUCGUUAAGCUGUGAAUUCACUGUCCUCACUGGAGGCUUAUAGUGGGUAUGCAAAGGGUUAAACAAGUCUUGCUGAUGUACCUUUAAGACCACUGGACACAGUAUUGAUCCACUUCUGUCCUCUACAUGCUGUACUAGAGCCAGUCCGGUGAAACUAGCCUCUUAUGAUAGGUGUGCUUGUGUUACACUGACUUUUAAUUCAGAGGUCCCUGUUGUUGCCUCUAACUUGCUAAGCAGUCCAAGUAGUUUGACCGUGUGUCUUUGAUUCCUGAUUCCAGAUUAACCUUGUGACACUUAUACGACAUGGUGUAGUUAGCAGAGGUGAAAGGUCACACUGUCACAUGAUUCCACUUGAACAGGGAACAGUGGGCACCUAACACUUGCUUAUUUUGAUGCAAGUGUGUAGGCAAAGGUACAUUUUCAGCUGAAUUUAUCAAGGAAACCCGUUCAAAUUGAUUAUUUACUGGCUUCAUACCCUUAAAACCUGCAUGUCAGCUCUGCACAGCUAUCGUAUGUUCAUGCCUUGUGAUUGUGCUGCGUUUGUCAGGGUCCUGUCAUAGUGUUCUACAGCGUAGCAGCUUCUGCAUGUGGAGGUGCCAGGGCAUGUGUGGAGCAUCGAUCCCUUCUGCUCAAUUCCAUCCUUCUACACCAGAGCGCUAUGAAUCGGGUGCACACAGGUAAUGGUGUUCAAUGUCUACAUUAUUUUUCAUUUAUUGUUGAGCAUCCAAAGUAAUGUUUGUUUUAAACUGGUCAUUUUUAUUACAAUUGUUACUGGUUAUUUUUUUGUACUUGUUUCAAUUUAAAGUAAAAACCUAAACGUCACUGUUGUACAUGACACUUCUCAAGAGUGGAAGUUCAUGAGUCUAAAUAAAUGUACAUAUGCUAGAUACCUGUUUACAGAGGCAAUAAAGUGAUUACAACCUCUUGA